CCUGUUUUUAGCGUGUUCUUUUCAUUUAUUAUUUAAACUUUCACCGAACCAAACUCCAACUAACCAAAGUGUCUUAUCUCUUCAGUUCUGACCUCACUGCUGAGCUGCCCAACAAACCAAGCCUCUCUGACUGUGAGUCCCAGCAGCUCUCAGAUGUUUAAAGGACAGUCUGUCUCUCUGAGCUGUGAGGAGGACGACAGCUCUGCUGGAUGGACUCUGAGGAGGAACACAACCAGAGACACCAGGACUCAGUGUGGAGAUGGCUGGGGAAGACCUGCUGGUUCUAAUUCUUCCUGUAACAUCAGCUACAUGCGCCCAAAGGACAGUGGAGUUUACUGGUGUGAGUCCAGAGAGGGAGCAACCAGUAACAGCAUCACCAUCACUGUCCCUGGUGGACCAGUGAUCCUGCAGAGUCCUGUCCUCCCUGUGAUGGAGGGAGAAGACCUCACUCUGACCUGUAGAACAAAGAACUCCUCCAACCUCCCAGCUGGUUUCUAUAAAGAUGGCUCCUUCAUCAGGACUGAGCCUGCAGGUCACAUGACCAUCCACCAUGUUUCCAGGUCUGAUGAAGGCCUCUACAAGUGUCUCAUCAGCAGUUUUGGAGAGUCUCCACCCAGCUGGGUCUCUGUCACAGGCUCCUCUCCUCCUCCCUCCGGCUCCUCUCCUCCUCCCCUUGUGUUGUGGUCCAUUGUUUCAGUCGGUGUCCCGGUUCUCCUGGUUCUCCUGGUUCUCCUGGUUCUCCUGGUUCUCCUGGUUCUCCCGGUUCUCCUGGUGAGACGAUGCCUCCGUAGCAUCUGUAGCAAACCUAAAGGUUAG